AACUGUGCGUAUCGGGUUAGGUUGUUAGAAAGUUAAUGGCUGGGGGAAAGAGAUCCUCCUCAACCCUCGCUUCGGGAGAGUUUCUGGAUUCCCUGAAGUAAAAUCACGCGAAUAUUCCACAAGAACGCGCCUGGACAGACAUUUAAGUCAACAACUAGCACGUUAACGCACGUAUCGUGAACACAAGUAUGCAGGAUGCAGUAGCCGGGACGGCAAUGCUGACGGACGGCUUCGAGGACGAGAUUGACUCGGUGACUCCUCGCUCCCCAGUGGCAGGGAUGGGGGUAGGAGCGACACCAGGAGGAGUCGGACUAGGGGGCAUUGGGAUUGGUGUAGGUGGAAAGAAAGUACGUUUGUACGGCGAGCCAGGCGGGCCUGCUGCCGAAAGACUGGAUUUCAAACUAGCGGCCGCAGCCGUCCUCUCUUCGGGUCCAGGAUCCGGCAGCGACGAAGACGAGGUUUCAGAGGUGGAGUCAUUCAUUCUGGACCAGGAGGACCUGGAUAACCCCAUUAUGAAGACGGCGUCAGAGUUGCUUUUGUCCAGCGCCACAGACGGAGUAGAUUUGAGAACAGUUGAUCCAGAGACACAGGCCCGACUUGAAGCUUUACUGGAAGCUGCAGGCAUCGGUAAACUGUCCACUGCCGAUGGUAAAGCUUUUGCAGACCCCGAGGUGCUACGGCGACUGACGUCAUCUGUGAGUUGUGCCCUGGACGAGGCCGCAGCUGCCCUCACCCGGAUGAGAGCUGAAAACACACUCAAUGCCGGCCAGGCAGACAAUCUGGUUAUUUUCAGCCGUAGUUUAGCAGAGGCGUGUUCAGAUGGGGAUGUCAACGCCGUGCGCAAAUUGCUGGAUGAGGGCCGGAGCGUCAAUGAACACACGGAGGAAGGGGAGAGCUUGCUGUGUCUCGCGUGCUCAGCUGGCUACUAUGAACUUGCACAGGUUUUGUUGGCUAUGCAUGCCAAUGUGGAGGACAGGGGCAUCAAGGGGGACAUAACACCACUCAUGGCUGCUGCCAGUGGAGGUUAUGUGGACAUUGUCAAACUACUACUUGUCCAUGGGGCAGAUGUCAAUGCACAGUCCUCUACUGGCAACACAGCUUUGACGUAUGCAUGUGCCGGUGGCUUCGUGGACGUAGUGAAGGUGCUGCUCAAAGAGGGUGCUAACAUUGAGGACCACAACGAGAACGGACACACACCUCUCAUGGAGGCGGCCAGUGCUGGCCACGUUGAGGUGGCCAGGGUACUAUUGGAGUAUGGCGCUGGCAUCAACACACACUCCAAUGAGUUCAAGGAGAGUGCUCUCACACUUGCGUGCUACAAAGGUCACUUGGAUAUGGUGCGUUUUCUCUUGGAGGCCGGAGCAGACCAGGAACACAAAACGGAUGAGAUGCACACGGCGCUGAUGGAAGCCUGCAUGUCCCAGGAUGGCCAUGUGGAGGUGGCACGGCUGCUGUUGGACAGCGGCGCGCAAGUCAACAUGCCAGCUGAUUCCUUUGAGUCGCCCCUUACCCUGGCAGCUUGUGGAGGGCAUGUGGAGCUGGCAGCCUUGCUCAUAGAGAGAGGAGCCAACUUGGAGGAGGUUAAUGAUGAGGGCUACACUCCCCUGAUGGAGGCAGCCAGAGAAGGCCAUGAGGAGAUGGUAGCACUGCUGCUGGCUCAAGGUGCUAACAUCAACGCCCAGACAGAGGAGACCCAGGAGACCGCUUUGACCCUAGCAUGUUGUGGAGGCUUUUUAGAAGUGGCUGACUUCCUCAUUAAGGCAGGGGCAGACAUUGAGCUGGGCUGCUCUACCCCGCUAAUGGAAGCUGCACAGGAAGGCCAUCUGGAAUUGGUGAAAUACCUACUGGCUGCAGGAGCAAACGUUCAUGCCACGACGGCAACUGGCGAUACAGCACUGACAUAUGCGUGUGAGAACGGACACACUGAUGUGGCAGACGUGCUACUGCAGGCUGGAGCCAAUUUGGAACAUGAGUCUGAAGGGGGGCGGACGCCCUUAAUGAAGGCAGCGAGGGCAGGGCAUCUCUGUACAGUGCAGUUUCUUAUCAGCAAAGGUGCUAAUGUGAACAGAGCCACUGCCAAUAAUGAUCACACGGUGGUUUCUCUGGCCUGUGCUGGAGGACAUUUGGCUGUGGUGGAGCUGCUGCUGGCACAUGGGGCGGAUCCUACUCACAGACUCAAAGAUGGUUCAACCAUGUUGAUAGAAGCUGCUAAGGGUGGCCACACCAAUGUGGUUUCCUAUCUGUUGGACUACCCCAACAACAUCCUGUCUGUCCCAGCCCCUGACCUCUCCCAACUCACUCCCCCAUCACAAGAUGCCUCUCAGGUUCCUCGUGUCCCAUUCCAAGCUCUCGCCAUGGUAGUGCCCCCUCAGGAGCCAGACAGAGCCCCAUCAAACAUCGCUACGCCCCCACCUGUCUCUAGUAAAGGCGUGUCCAAACAGAGACAAGCAGCCCUUCAGCCCGGUGUCCCCAGCUCUGUUGGCCGGGGACCUGAAGCAGAGCCUCUGCCACCCUUCCACUUGUGCCAGCCCCUAGAGUGCAUUGUGGAGGAGACGGAGGGAAAGCUGAAUGAACUGGGCCAAAGAAUUAGCGCUAUUGAGAAAGCCCAGCUAGAGUCCCUAGAACUCAUUCAGGGGGAGCCGCUCACCAAAGACAAGAUUGAGGAGCUGAAGAAGAGCCGAGAGGAGCAGGUUCAGAAGAAGAAGAAAAUCUUGAAGGAGCUGCAGAAGGUGGAGCGUCAGCUGCAGCUAAAAACACAGCAACAGUUCACCAAAGAGUACAUGGAGGCAAAGGGCUUAGAGCAGCAAGAGGCUGGACAGAGCCAGGGUCCGGGCCCGGGGCCUGGAUGUGCAUCGUCUGUUCCAGUGCCUCUUCUCACCACACCGGGUGCACAAGUACACAGUGGCUCUGACAAGGACGAGGAGACAAGUAAAGAUGGGGAACAGGAAGAGCCCGAGGAUGACGUCGAAGAGGAAGAGGAAGAUGAUGAUGAUGAUGAUGAAGAGGGCUCAGAGGAAGAACCAGAUGGAGAAGAGGAUGAUUACCCCAAGCUUCCUCAGGUGGACACAAUCAUGGGUCACAGGGAUGGGUCGCAGUCACGACAGCAGCCGCCUCUUCCCCCUUCGCCACAGACCCAGCCCCAGCCUCCUCCUCCCCCUCUUCAAGCAGCCUUCGUUCCUAUCCAACCUCUGCCAGACUACAACCCUGCAGACUACCCAGGAAGUACCAGUCCAGAGCUGCAGAGGGUACUAGUAGGGCAGCAGAUGUUGGGGCAGCAGGGUCAGGGUCAGCAGCUGGCUGGGUUAGGCCCAGGAAUGAUACCUCAACAGGCUCCAGAUGGGCUCAUGGUAGCUACACCUGCACAGACGCUCACAGACACACUGGACGACAUCAUGGCAGCUGUGAGCAGCCGCGUGCCCAUGCUGAACACUACAUCUUCACCCACACCCCUUUCCCAGCCGCCCACACAGACGCCCGCAAACAUCGCCUCUCCCCCUUCAGUCCUACCCCUUUAUCCCUCUGUUGACAUAGACGCACAUACGGAGAGUAAUCAUGACACGGCCCUGACGCUGGCGUGUGCAGGAGGACACGAGGAGCUUGUGUCUGUCCUGAUUUCACGGGGAGCCAACAUUGAGCACCGGGAUAAAAAAGGCUUUACGCCGCUGAUCCUGGCUGCCACUGCUGGCCAUGUAGGCGUGGUUGAGGUACUCCUGGACAAAGGGGGUGACAUUGAGGCUCAAUCAGAGAGAACCAAAGACACACCCCUCUCCCUGGCCUGCUCUGGGGGACGCCAGGAGGUUGUUGAGUUGCUGCUGCUGCGGGGAGCCAAUAAGGAACACCGCAAUGUCUCAGACUACACGCCUCUCAGCCUGGCUGCUUCUGGGGGUUAUGUCAACAUCAUCAAAAUACUCCUCAAUGCUGGUGCCGAGAUUAACUCCAGGACUGGCAGUAAGCUGGGAAUCUCUCCGCUGAUGCUGGCAGCUAUGAACGGUCAUGUGCCAGCAGUGAAGCUGUUGCUGGAUAUGGGUUCAGACAUCAAUGCCCAGAUUGAGACCAACAGAAACACAGCUCUGACCCUAGCCUGCUUUCAGGGGCGGGCUGAGGUCGUCAGUCUGCUGCUAGAUCGCAAGGCCAACGUAGAGCAUCGUGCUAAGACUGGUCUUACCCCGCUGAUGGAGGCAGCAUCUGGAGGUUAUGCAGAGGUGGGCCGAGUGCUGCUGGACAAAGGCGCCGAUGUCAACGCUCCCCCUGUUCCUUCAUCCAGAGACACUGCUCUCACCAUUGCUGCCGACAAGGGCCACUACAAGUUCUGUGAGCUGCUCAUCAACAGAGGUGCGCAUAUUGAUGUACGAAACAAGAAAGGGAACACUCCCCUCUGGCUGGCAGCGAACGGUGGUCAUUUUGACGUGGUCCAGCUCCUGGUUCACGCCAGUGCUGAUGUGGAUGCAGCCGACAACCGAAAGAUCACCCCGCUCAUGGCUGCUUUUCGCAAGGGUCACGUGAAGGUGGUGCAGUAUCUUGUGAAGGAGGUCAACCAGUUCCCGUCAGAUAUUGAGUGCAUGAGAUAUAUUGCCACCAUUGCUGACAAGGAGCUGCUGAAGAAGUGUCACCAGUGCAUGGAGACCAUUGUCAAAGCUAAAGACCAGCAGGCUGCCGAGGCCAACAAGAACGCUACGAUUCUCCUCAAGGAGCUAGACUUGGAGAAGUCUCGAGAGGAGAGCAAGAAGCAGGCUCUGGCUGCCAAGCGUGAGAAGAGGAAGGAGAAACGCAAGAAGAAGAAGGAGGAGCAGAAGAGGAAACAGGAGGAAGAGGAGGGGCAGAAAACCAAGGAGGAGACCUCUGAGAUGCAGGAGCAGAAGGAGGAUUCAGCUGAAGAAGCAGAGGUUCCAAUUGAACCUCCGAGUGCAACUACCACCACCACCAUUGGUAUAUCUGCCACCUCCACCACUUUCACUACAGCUUUCAGUAAGAAGCGAGCGAGUGUGGCCACUACCCCAAGCACCAAUCGGAAGAACAAAAAGAACAAGACCAAGGAUUCGGUGCCCAAUGAACCCAUCAUAUUGCAAGAUCCGCAGGUUGCGCUAGCGCAGCACAAAGCUGACAAGAACAAGAUCCACGGCGAGCCACGGGGUGGGGGUGGGGGAGUGACAGGCGGCAACAGUGAUUCUGACCCCUUGGAUAGCACCGACUGUGCCAGUGAGAGCAGCAGCAGUGGGAGCAAGAGUCAGGAGCUCAACUACCUCCCUGACCUCACUUCCUCCGCCACCUCCUCCUCCUCUUCCUCGUCGUCCUCUUCUUCCUCUGCCCCCUCCUCAGGAGCAGUCCAGGCCCUCCUGUCCGGCCCAGAGAAGAGACACAGUUCCCAGCUGCAGAGUGACGGCAAAGUGGAAAACAAAGUCACAGUCUCCAUCUCAAAACCAACGCAAAAAGCUGCAGAUGCAAGCGACUCCACCACCAACUCCCUGCCCUCCCCGUUCAAGACCAUGGCUCUUCCUGUCACCUCACCCAACAGUAAGCUCAGCCUCACGAGUCCAAAGAGAGGCCAGAAAAGAGAAGAAGGUUGGAAGGAGGUCGUCAGAAGAUCAAAGAAGCUUUCUGUACCAGCGUCCGUUGUGUCUCGGAUCAUGGGUCGAGGAGGCUGCAACAUAACAGCCAUCCAGGAUGUGACAGGAGCUCACAUUGACGUGGACAAGCAGAAGGACAAGAACGGAGAGAGGAUGAUCACUAUAAGAGGAGGCACGGAGUCUACGAGGCAUGCAGUCCAGCUGAUCAAUGCUCUGAUCCAGGACCCAGCCAAAGAGCUUGAGGAUCUGAUUCCCCGGAUUCACAUCAGAGCACCGGGCUCAAAAGCGACCUCAGCUUCCUUUCCCAGUACCACGGGGGCCACGAGUGGUUCAACCACUGGGCCAAAAGCUCUAAGCUCAUUGCCCGCUUCAACAGGCGUCUCGUUCCAGCCUCCCUCAUCCUCGUCUUCAUCCUCUUCUCAGGCCGGAGGAAAGAUCGGGAAAGGGCUGUCGUCAAACGUCAGGCAGCCUUUCCCAGUAUCCCUGUCCCUGGCAUACACCCACCCUCAACUGGCGCUCCUGGCUGCUCAGACCAUGCACCAGAUCCGGCACCCUCGUCUACCCAUGGCGCAGUUUGGUGGCACCUUCUCUCCUGCUGCUAGCACCUGGGGACCCUUCCCCGUGCGUCCUGUGAGUCCCGGCAGCGCUAACAGCUCCCCCAAACACAGCGGAGGAUCCAGUAACACGGGACCACAGGCCAGACCCAACUCGACUCACAGUGAACACAGCAGCACCACAAGCUCAGGAGCCGCAGUCACGACCACCAAUACCGCCACCACCAGUGCUCCCAACACAUCCGCUGCUACAGCCACACCUCAUACGCCUAACCCUACUCCAUAUAAUCCUCAACCGAGUGUCGCUACGCCUUCCUCUGUCAGAAAACAGCUCUUUGCCCCAGACCCUAAGCAGGCCGGUGUCACACCUGUUUCUGUUUCUGCGCCUUCCAGUGCCAGCAGUACAGUACGAGGCACCGGCUCUCCCGCACAUCACAGUUCCACGACAACUACGGCAAACGCUUCUCAGCAGCCAGUGGGACCCAUUUCACAGCCCCUCAUCCAGCCAGUUAAAACGGAGCCCAGUGCUGCUCCCCCUGCUGGAAAAGACAAGUCAUCUCUGCCCAUAGAGAGCCAGCCUGCUGCUGUCAGCGAGAGCGGCAACUCUGUGGGUUUCGCGGCCCCUGCCAUGUCCUUAGCUCCAAAGCCAGAGCCCCGCCAGCAGUUACCUCCCCCUCCCUCCUCUGUACCAUCCACAGAGGCUCCACAGCCCCACCUCAACCCACAGCCUAGCUCUCACUUACCCACAGCGCCUGCUGCUGUUUUCUCGCACAACGUCGCACACCCCAACAACACUGUACCCCACUUCUCAGCACCUGCGCCCAGAGUCUCCCAUCGUAUGCAGCCACCAGGGCCUUAUUAUUCCCUUUCUGAGCAGCAGCAGCAAACACAGCAGCAACAACAGUCUGUGUUUGUACCCUUCAGCACGCACCAAGAAGCCCCAAAACAAACCCAAAACCCGACUUCCCAGCCAGCAAGUUUGCCUCCACAAGCCCAGACCCAAGCUCAAGCCCAGGUCCCAGGCUCCCUUCAGGUCUCUGGUAAUCUUGGAAUGAUGAACGGUUCUCAAAUGCAGCAUGUCCCCAGUGCAGGCAAGCCUCAGCAGAUGCACCCCAACCUCGGUCAUACAGGUCUCUUUGGUUUCAGCAGCAUCUUUGAUAACAGCAGCCAGGUGGGAAACAAUCCAGUAUGGGGUGCAUGCCAUUUGCCUACUCGAUCACCCCCAGAGCAGUCUUUCUCGGCUCAACAAGCGUACAUGAGCAUGGGCCAGAUGGAGAAUAUGAUGCCCCCACCUCCUCCAGACAGCUCAAAAGCCCCUGGCUACCGUUCCACCACCCAGAGGAUGGUCAACAGCCCCAUCGCGUUGCCUAACUUUGCCACCGGGAUCUCUGGCAAUCCUGUUUUUCUACCUGGUCAUACAGCUGGCACACCCUCAUUCAGCAGACAGCACUUUUCCCCCCACCCAUGGAGUGCAUCCACAUCAGGUGAAUCUCCUGUCCCACCUCCCUCCACGGUGUCCUCCUCUGCCCUUUCCACCUCAGCGGUUGCUUCUCCUCCUCAGCCUAAGCCAGGCAGCUCCUCGCAACAGGACCGGAAGGUUCCCCCACCCAUCGGCACAGAGCGGUUGGCCAGGAUCAGACAGACUGGGUCUGUAAACCCACCUCUGCUCACAACCAGCUACACGGCAUCAGUUGGACAGGGAGGCAUUUGGUCAUUCGGGGUUGGCAGUGCUUCAGAGGCCAUGUCUGGUUGGUCCCAGCCCUUGAUGAACAGCCACAUGAUGCACCCGCAGAUGCACGCAGAGCAGUCGGCCUUCUCUCAGCACCAGCCCAUGGAGCAGGACGACACGGGCAUCGCAAACCCUGCUAACAACUACCACCAGCCGCAGCAUUUGCCCAACAGUUACAUGGAUUUCCCAAAGGGGAUGCCAAUGUCCAUGUAUGGAGGAACCAUGCUGCCCCCUCAUCCUACCAUGGCAGAAGGCCCAGGGGGGCCGAUGUACAAUGGUUUGCACGCUGGUCACGCUGGUGACCCUGCAUGGAGCCCCAUCAUUAAAGUGGUCCCAAACAAUGCAGAUAACUCUGACCCACAACAGCAGGUGUGGACCGGUACCUGGGCACCUCAUGUGGGCAAUGUGCACCUGAACCAUGUCAAUUAGACGGCAUCCUACAGCAAUCAAACACACACAGCAUGACCCACAGUGCAAACAUGUAAUACCAACUGACCGAUACGACCGAAUAAGACAACAAAAAAAUUAACGCGUAAACUUUUAAACUUUAGUAGAGACCUGAAAGUGCAGAGUAAAGGUGGAAGAAUUGGAAGUUCUCUUUGACGCCAUUCUUUGAUGUGCCUAUCUCUAACGAGGAAAGAGGAAAUUGGGCCAGAGCUGUUAUCAGUGUCCCAAUGAUGCAAACACACACACGCGCGAUCACCUGUUUAACAGGAUCCAUUCUCUGCGUAGUUUAGCGAUUUUUGACUUUAAACCCGCGUACACCGUUCUUGGGCUGCGGGGGGGGGGGCUCAACAUGAAGUAGCUAUUUAAACUUGGCCCAGAACUAGAUGAUGAUUACCUGAAGAACGAAAUCAGAACCUUUUAGAGUGGUAAAUACAUGUAUAAUUGUUUACAUACUAAAAAGGGUUAAAAUGAGAGUAAAUUUCAUGUCGUAUAGUGGCUCUACUUUAUGUAGCCUGUAUUAAUGUGAAAUAUUUACCUUAAUAUUCAAUAAAAAGAUUGAAAAAUA